AUGCCGAGAAGAACGAACAAGCAGGUGAGUUUCGAUAUCGACGGAAGUCCAACAAUGUUACUGAAACAAGGGGGCAGUGGCAAUGGCAGAACAAGAUCGGGUCCUAGAAAAAGGGUGGUUGUUGGGAUUUUCAUGUUUGGGCUCGUCAAGAGCUCGAGAUUUUUACCAGCAAAAGGACUAUUGAGGCGUGUCGGAGCUAAAGUUGCGAGUGCUUUUCGUUUCGAGUCCAUCAUACGAAGGAGCUCUUCGUAUAAGGUUUCUUCUUCGAAUCUACAUAGGUCACGAUCACUGGUGGAAUCUAUCGACUCCCAUCGCGCCGAGGCUAUAGAAGAUUGCAUUGAGUUCUUGAAUUCUUCUUCAUCUUUGUUGCGAUCAAACUCGGUUUCUGCUUGUUCUUGCUAG